AUGAGUCUCCUGUCGCGUGUCUCUGCUGCUAUGCAGCGCAUUGCCCCUCUCAGCCUGGCUGAGUUGGAAUGGGACAAUGUCGGAAUCUUGCUGGAAGCCGCCAAGCCCCGCGCAAACGCUAACAAAGUUUUCCUGACCAUCGACCUAACCACGGCCACCCUCGAAGAGGCUCUCAAGGACCCAUCGGUUGGCGUCAUCGUUGCCUACCAUCCCCCGAUUUUCUCUGCGUGGAAAUCCCUGACGAUGGGCAACCUGAAGCAGAGCCUUGUUCUCAGGUGCGCCUCCGCUGGUGUCUCAAUAUACUCGCCGCACACGUCACUGGACAGCUGUGCCAACGGCAUCAACGACUGGCUGGCGUCGCUGGUCGGCGAGGGCAAGGUGACUCCGAUCACCCCUGCCAAGGUCGAGAACGCCGCCGGCCAGGAAAACGCUGGCCACGGUCGUCUUCUCGAGCUGGCAACGCCGCGCUCUCUCAGCGAUAUUGUCGCUGGCGUGAAGACCCGCCUGGCGCUGAACCAUGUCCGCGUGGCUCGUGCGCCGCGCCAUGAGCAGGACGAGGAGCUGGUGUCCAGGAUUGCCAUCUGUGCCGGCUCCGGUGAAUCGGUGGUUGGUCCUGUUGCUGCAGACCUGUACUUUACCGGCGAGAUGGGCCACCAUGACGUGUUGGCUGCCGUUGCCAAGAACACCAGCUGCAUUUUGGCCGAGCACACCAACACUGAGCGUGGGUACCUUCAGGGAACUCUGAAGGCCCGUCUGCAGCAGGAGCUGAACGCCGACUUUGAAAGUGACUCCACCGAUGUCCUUGUCAGUCGGUUGGAUCGUGACCCAAUCACUAUCGAGUGA